UCGCAUCCCAUCUCCGCGCGUAAACACGGAGCAAUCCUUUCAUCCUUUCUCAUGACUUCCCAUCACCGGCCGCAAUCCAUUCCGCCGCCACGGCCUCCGCCUCCGCCUCCGUCGCAGCCGCAGUAGUAGCAUGCUCGGUCCCGUCCUCCGCGUGUCCCGAAAGCAGCAUUGUCUCCUGCUCCACUGGUCCACUGGCAGAGCUCCCAUCUCGUCCUUCUCCAACGCAGAGCCAACCGCCUCUCCUCCUCUUAUCACUGUUCAACACCUGCAAGAAUGCAGCUCUCUCCUCCGGGCGAAGCUCCUCCACCAGCAAGUACUCGUCCAAGGCCUCACCCACCUGUCCACUCGCAUCAUUGGCGCGUACAUAACCUCCGACGCCCCAGCCCACGCCCUCUGCCUCCUCAAGCGGACCCUCCCCUGCGACUUCUCCGUCUUCUGGUGGAACAUGCUGAUCCGCCGGAGCGUCCACUUGGGUUUGAACGGCGACGUCCUGGGCUUAUUCAGGGACAUGAUGAGGCUAGGGUGGCAACCCGACCACUACACCUUCCCUUUCGUUGUCAAGGCCUGCGGAGACCUACCCUCUCUCCGAGCCGGGGCCUCUGUCCACGGCCUUGCGUGUGGGCUCGGGUUCGACUCCAACGUGUUCGUCUCCAACUCGAUGGUGGCCAUGUACGGUCGGUGCGGGGAGUUGGAUACCGCAAAGAAAAUGUUUGACGAAAUGCUUGCUAGAGGGAUCACUGAUGUUGUCUCAUGGAACUCGAUCGUGGCAGCCUACAUACAGGCGGGCGAUGCUGUGAAAGCAAUCGAUCUGUUUGAUCGGAUGGUGAAGAGGAUGAUGAGCGAUUUCAGCAUUCGCCCUGAUGUGAUUAGCCUUGCGAACAUUCUGCCUGCUAUAGCUUCUGUGGGGUCCUCUGAGAGGGGGAAGCAGGUCCACUGUUAUGCAAUUCGGAGUGGGUUGUUUAAGAAUGUCUUCGUGGGGAAUGCGUUGUUGGACAUGUAUGCAAAGUGCGCGAUGUUAAAGGAAGCAAAUCGCGUGUUUGAGCAAAUGAGAGUUAAGGAUGUAGUCUCUUGGAAUGCUAUGGUAACGGGGUACUCCCAAGUAGGAAGGUUUAAUGAUGCUCUCAGUUUGUUCGAGAAGAUGGAGGAACAAAACAUUGAGCUUGAUGUUGUCACAUGGACUGCUGUAAUUGCAGGUUAUGCCCAGAGAGGACAUGGCUACGAAGCCCUUGAUGUAUUCCGGAGAAUGCAGCUGUCUAGAUCAGAGCCAAACGUGAUCACUUUUGUUUCUCUACUCUCGGGUUGUGCUUCAGCGGGGGCAUUAAUUAAUGGAAAGGAGAUUCACUGCUAUGCAAUCAAGCGCAUCUUGAAUCACCAUAAUGGGGAGCAUGGAGACGAUAUUAUGGUCCUCAAUGCUCUGAUUGACAUGUAUGCGAAGUGCAAGAGCACCGCAACUGCCCGCUUCAUGUUUGACUUGGUGCCACCAAAGAACCGGGAUGUAGUUAUGUGGACCGCCAUGAUUGGUGGGUAUGCACAACAUGGGGAUGCCAACCAUGCUCUUGAGCUUUUCUCCGAGUUGGUUAAAAAAAAUUACUACUUGAAGCCCAAUGCUUUCACAAUGUCCUGUGCACUGAUGGCCUGCUCCCGAUUGGCCACAUUAAGAUUUGGGAAGGAAAUACAUGCUUACAUGGUGAGAAAUCAAUAUAGGUCUGUAGUCCACGUGAAUAACUGUCUCAUGGACAUGUACUGCAAAUCUGCCGAUAUUAGUUCUGCUAGAAUUGUAUUUGAUCACAUGAGGGAGAGGAAUGAUGUCUCUUGGACUACCCUCAUGACCUGCUAUGGGAUGCAUGGCCGAGGAGAGGAAGCUCUUUGGGUCUUUGAAGAGAUGAAGAAGGCAGGUUUGGUCUUUGAUGGAGUCACCUUUAUUGUGGUCCUAUAUGCUUGUAGCCACUCGGGGUUGGUCGACCAAGGGAUGGAAAUCUUCAAUGCCAUGGAGAAGGACUUUGGGGUAGUUCCCAGAGUUGAGCAUUAUGCCUCCAUGGUCGAUCUGUUGGGCCGAUCAGGUCGACUAGGUGAGGCCAUGAAGCUCAUUAAGAACAUGCCUCUGGAGCCAACCUUGAUUGUGUGGGUUGCACUGCUCAGCGCUUGUAGGGUCCACGGAAAUGUUGAGUUUGGGGAGUAUGCAGCGAACAAACUUUUGGAAUUGGGGUGUGAAAACGACGGGUCUUAUACUCUGCUCUCGAAUAUAUACGCAAAUGCCCGACGCUGGAAAGAUGUGGCCCGCAUAAGGUCUCUGAUGAGGCAUACGGGAAUUAAGAAGAGACCAGGUUGCAGUUGGGUCCAGGGAAAGAAGGGGACUGUGAGCUUUUUUGUGGGAGAUCGGACUCACCCACGGUCUGAAGAGAUAUGCAAUCUUCUUGCUGAUCUGAUCGAAAGGAUUAGAGCCAUCGGGUAUGUCCCACAGACGAGCUUUGCCCUCCAUGACGUGGAUGAUGAGGAGAAAGGUGAUCUUCUCUCAGAACACAGUGAGAAGCUUGCUCUCGCUUAUGGGAUCUUAACUUCAGCUCCUGGGGUGCCAAUACGGAUCACGAAGAAUUUACGGGUCUGCGGUGACUGUCACAGUGCCUUUACCUAUAUAUCGAUCAUAGUCGAUCACGAGAUCAUAGUAAGAGAUUCGAGCCGUUUCCAUCAUUUCAAGAAGGGGUCCUGCUCCUGCAGAGGGUAUUGGUGAAUUUGGUGCUAGAACAUCACCUGCAGAGGGUAUUAGUCGAUCACGAUAUCAUAGUAAGAGAUUCGAGCCGUUUCUAUCAUUUCAAGAAGGGGUCCUGCUCCUGCAGAGGGUAUUGGUGAAUUUGGUGCUAGAACAUCACCAGCUGUUGAAUGAUGGCCCUGGUUGUGAUGAAGACAACACUCGGUAAAUGUGUUAAAAGUCUUGGCAGGUUAUUAAUGCAAAUGCGAAGGUUAGAUUCUGAGCUGGGACAUUACACGGAAAUAUUGAGAGGGCACGGUUCUUCGCUGCAGAUCCUUGUGUUAUAUGCAUCAUGAUCUAGUCGCUUUAGUUACGUGAUUGUAAAAGUAAAGCCACUGGUUUGUGUCUGUUCUGAUGCACGAGGAGCCAGAGCAGACUGGAACAUUGUUCGCCUCCAAAAAAGGGAAGGUGGUUUUGGGGUUUGACUGCUUUUGGAAUGGAAUGAAGCUAAUGUCAUGUGAUAUAUAUAUUUGGCCUUUUGUUCAGCAAAGCCGGACCUCCAUGGAUAGCUUGGACCCUGCUUAUCUUAUUAAGAAGAGAAGUUUCUGGUCACUCUCGGCUCACAGCCGCUGCUCUUAUGCUUUGAGAUGACAUAUAAAGCAUGGGAUGGAUCAGGAGAUGACAUGUUUCUGGUCUGAGAACAAGCUGACCGCAUUAUAAAGCAUGAUCUGGUUCCAUCCUAGCAUUCCGAAGCAUAGCUUUAUUGCUUGGACGAACUCCCUACUCAGGAGAGAAUAGUAGUUUCGAGUGCUCCGCGUUGCUACUAGUGAAAAUAAGAAUCCUGUUUUUCUGCCGCAAUUUUGCUAAACAAGUAAGGAGCAAGUUCGAUGCUUAAUGGUUAUUCAAGAGAAGUUACUGACGGGUUUACUGAAUUCGGUUGGGGUGUGAAAUAUAUGAAGGGAAGGUCUGUCCAAAGCUCUUUUCUACAAACUGGCUUGGCAAGCUCGUCUUGAUCUCAUUUGGAAAGCUGGAAACGGGGAAUCAUUCUGAUGCUAUACCCUGAUGCUGAGAGGAACUUGACUGGUGUCAAAAGUACAGUAAGGAACAGAUUGUUGGAUUCUAAAUACAUCUGCAGAAAGCUGGUCCAAAGCAAACGGAAGAUGCUAGUUUGUUUUAUGCUGUUCGUAAUUCGUUCAUUGAUGUGGCGUGAUUCUGCUGUUGAUAAGGUCCUGCUCAUUGGGAUUUAAUCUAAUGCUACACCGGCUAUAAUUGCCCGAGUUGAGCGAUGUUGUGUGGAAUCUAACAAGCUUCAUCAUAAGAGGAAAAGGGGUUACGGACAUACCCAUUCUGCGAUAUCAGUGGUUUGAGGAAAACAUAGAUGCUGUAGUGGUGAAGGAUCAGCUCGAAAAGAUUAACCACUUUGAAGCAUUUAGCAGAAAUCGUUUUGAGCCUCACUCAAGUCAAUGGGCCGAACAGAACAAGCUCGAGAACUUGGAUCUUAUUUAUAUAUUAGCUGACAUCGAUUCAGUUAGCAUUCAUAUGUGAAAUAUACUUGUUAGUAAAGGCUCUUGUUCGAGGCGGGAAGAUGCAACGAACGAUAAGGUACAUUGUGUUCUUUUCGACAUCCGUCUGUAGUUGAAUUAUAACAGAAGUUGAAAGGCAGAUAUUUCCAAUAAUUUAACAUUGAAGGUCUAUAA